UGCACAGCUGUGGACGGCGGGUCUGCAGCGAGUCCUGCAUCUGUCUCUGAGCCCGCAUAACUCCCCUCACCGUGAAUCCUGUGAUGACCCAAAGGUGAGAGCGCCGGGAUCUGUGCCACGCUCGUUCAUCUGCCGAAUCUGUCUGGUGCUGAUGGUGAACUAGUGAUUCCUGAGGACCUGAUAGAAGACUGGAUGCGGUUGUAACUAUGGUAACAUCAGGGUGGGGGGUAUGGGCCCUCUCCCCCUGUGGCCUUGUGCUGGUCAUCUGUUUAUCCAUGUGUCUGUCAGAGGAGCCUCACAUCAAGCCUGCCGACUGCAGCAGAAAGGAACAUCCUGUUGUUUCCUACCAAGCACUGAGGUCUUGGGUGUCUGAGUUCUCACAUCCAGGUGCAAAGGACUUCUCCCAACUUGCUUUGGACCUGAGACGAAACCAGCUUGUUGUAGGAGCAAGAAAUUUCCUCUUCAGACUGAGUUUGAAUAAUACCUCCCUCAUACAGGCAACAGAAUGGGCAUCCGAUGAAGACACAAAGCGCUCAUGUCAGAGCAAAGGCAAAUCUGAGGAUGAAUGCCAAAACUAUGUACGGGUUUUGCUGAUAAGCGGAAGGACGCUCUUCACAUGUGGGACCAAUGCUUUUACCCCUGUCUGCAUAACCAGACAGAUUUCUAACCUCAGUCAGGUGUUAGACACUGUGAACGGUGUUGCCCGAUGUCCCUACGACCCGCGUCACAACUCCACUGCCAUGAUCACAGAAAAGGGCGAGCUGUAUGCUGCCACAGUGAUUGAUUUCUCUGGACGUGACCCAGUGAUCUACAGGAGCCUGGGCAACAUGCCGCCCCUGCGCACCGCCCAGUACAACUCUAAAUGGCUCAACGAGCCUCAUUUUGUGUCUGUUUAUGAGAUUGGUCGUUUUGCGUACUUCUUCCUGAGGGAAACUGCGGUGGAAAAUGACUGUGGGAAAAUGGUGUUCUCUCGAGUGGCUCGGGUCUGUAAGAAUGAUAUGGGUGGACGCUUUCUAUUGGAGGACACCUGGACCACCUUCAUGAAGGCUCGCCUCAACUGCUCACGCUCAGGAGAAAUCCCCUUUUACUACAACGAGCUCCAGAGCACCUUCUACUUACCUGAGCAAGAUCUGAUUUAUGGCAUUUUUACCACUAAUGUAAACAGCAUAUCAGCUUCUGCUGUCUGUGCUUUUAAUCUGAGCGCCAUCACCCAAGCCUUCAAUGGACCAUUUCGAUACCAGGAGAACCCGCGCACUGCUUGGCUGGCCACUCCAAACCCUAUACCCAACUUUCAGUGUGGCACGUUAGAGGAGGGCGCCAAUGGGGGAAACCUGACAGAGCGCAGCCUCCAGGACGCCCAGCGGCUCUUCCUCAUGAACGACGUGGUCCAGCCAGUAACCGUCAACCCCCUGCUCACCCAGGACAACCUACGUUUCUCUAAGCUGGUGGUGGAUAUCGUGCAGGGCCGACACUCUCUCUACCACGUCAUGUACAUCGGCACGGAAUAUGGCACCAUUCUGAAGGCUCUCUCCACAACCAAUAAAAGCCUGCAUGACUGCUACCUGGAGGAGCUCAGGAUCCUGCCCGAAGGGAAAGUGGGGCCAAUAAAGAGUCUGCAAAUUCUCCACAAUGACAGAUCACUGUUUGUGGGCCUCAAUGACAGAUUGGUGAAGAUCCCAUUAGAGCGCUGCUCCAGCUACCCAACUGAACGCUCCUGCAUGGAGGCCCGGGACCCUUACUGUGGCUGGGAUCAUAAACAGAAGCGGUGCACCACCAUCGAGGAGAGCUCCAACAUGAACCAGUGGACGCAGAACAUCACUGAAUGCCCUGUGAGGAACCUGACUCAGGAUGGUGGUUUUGGUCCGUGGAAGCCUUGGCAGCCUUGUAACCACGAUGAUGGUGAUGGCUCCAUCAGCAGCUGUUUGUGUCGGUCGCGCUUUUGCAAUGGACCGGUGGCCAGAUGUGGAGGGAUUGAAUGCAAGGGCCCGACGAUCCAGGUGGCAAACUGCUCCAGGAAUGGCGGCUGGACUCCCUGGUCAUCGUGGGGCCAGUGUAGCAGCAGCUGCGGCAUUGGGUUUGAGGUGAGGCAGCGCUCCUGCAAUAACCCCGCACCUCGCCACGGCGGUAGAGUCUGUGUCGGCCAGGGACGGGAGGAGAGGCUGUGCAAUGAGAAAAAGCCAUGCCCACUUCCCAUAGUGUGGACUGCGUGGGGACCCUGGGCUCACUGCAGUGCUGACUGUGGUGGGGGGGUCCACUCCAGGACGAGAAGCUGUGAGAACGGAAACAGCUGUCCUGGAUGUGCUACGGAGUACAAAGCCUGUAACCUGGAGGCUUGCCCUGAAGUUCGUCGUAACACCCCCUGGACCCAGUGGAUGCCCGUCAAUGUAAGCCAAGACGGGUCACGGCAGGAGCAGAGAUUCAGGUACACAUGCCGGGCACUUCUGCCGGACCCCCAGCAGCUCCAGCUGGGCAGGAAGAAGGUGGAGACCCGUUUCUGCCCCAACGACGGGUCUGGAGCUUGCCAGACUGACUCUUUGGUUGAAGACUUAAUGAAGACAAGUGUCCGAACUUCAUCCCAGCCACAAGGUGCCCGAUGGGGAUCCUGGGAAACGUGGUCCAGCUGUUCCCAGCAGUGCUCCAGAGGCUUCCGAACUCGGAAACGCAGCUGCUUGACGAUAGAAGGGAGGAUCAACCCCAGCGCCUGUGUGGGAUCGCCGGUGGAGUAUCAGGACUGCAACACUCAACCGUGUCCAGUGAAUGGAGCCUGGUCUUGCUGGUCUGCCUGGUCCCAGUGCACGUCCAGCUGUGGAGGCGGGCACUACCAGAGGACUCGGACAUGCAGCAGCCCACCCCCUGCCAACGGAGGAGAUAUCUGCAUAGGCCUGCAUACUGAAGAGGCCCUUUGUAAUAUACACGCCUGUGAGGGUUGGGGUGAAUGGACAGAGUGGGGGGACUGUGACGACGAGGGCCUGCAGCAUCGCACCCGCCGCUGCGAUGAGAACCAAGAGGCUGAGGUCAGUCUCUGCCAGGGCAACGUCACCCAGUCUAGGCCGUGCCAGCCUCACGAGGUGCCGGUCAUUUUGCCCGGUCAGGAGGACCAGAGCUGUGGAACCUUUACCUUGUUCCAGCUGGCAGCUGUGGGCUUAGCCAGUUUCUUUGCAGCAGCCCUCCUGUCAGCUCUGGCCUUCACAUACUGUCACCACCUGAACCGACCAUCGGCAGAGUCAGCGGUAAUCCACCCGAGCACACCAAACCACCUCACUUACAACAAGCAGGGCAACGCCACGCCAAAGAAUGAGAAGUACAUCCCCAUGGAGUUCAAGAUGCUGAACAAGAACAACAUUCAUGUCAACGAUGAGACAUGCAACCAUUUCCCCUCUCCGGUGCCCUCAGGCAAUAUGUUUGCCACCACCUACUACCCUUCCAGUUUGAGCAAGUACGACUUCCAUCCAGACUCGCCCUGCAGGACCUACAUGCACAGCUGAGAGGAGGCCGGGCUUCAGCCAACAAACUCAUCCACCACAAUGUGCUCAUCAUUCAGAAAUCAGAGCAAAGUCUUAAAUAGUCUUAAGGUAAACACCAAAAUGAUUUCUAUUAGAGUUAUUCAUGAAAUACCCAAAUAUUUGGCCAUGCAAGUCAUUUUGGUUUUGGACUAUUUCUUUGCUUUAAAGCAGUUCCAGCUGUGUGUCACAACUCAAUAUCAUUUUUGACCACAGCGCUGAGAUUAUAAAGAUUUCGAGUAUAAAUCACUCAGAUGUAAUAUUCCUGUUUAAAAAAUCUGACCCGUCUGCGCACCAUCUCCCUGCACGAUUUGUCAUUUUACCCUAACAAGAAUAAAUGUCUGCCAGCCCAAAAACCCCGCAGUCAGUCAACGUGGACUGUGUGGUGCUGUAACUAGGGAAGAUUGAAUUUAUUAAUCCCAGAUUUGGGGACUAAUAAUCUUCAAAAUAAGGUCAAUUGUGUAAAUAUAAAGGAAGAAGCAAAACAAAGGUGAUCCCAAAUUACAGUUCACAUAUAAAGAAGCGCUACUGAGAGCACAUCGUGAGUGUCUUUUUAGUUUUCCGCAUCUGUAGGAAGUUCUUUAAAUUCUUAUAUUUUGACGGUACUUUCAGUAUCCCACAAAAGCCGGCAGCCUUUUCGUUUCCUCCCUUUCUUCACCAUGUAGCUGCCUGUUUUCUUAGAGCCAGAAUGAGAGGUGACUGGUUUACUGAUUGCAGAGACUAUGAGCCAGUAACCAAGAACGAGCUGUGGGUGGUCCGAUCGAUCCGGCCCUUGUUUCAGAUGUUGUGCGUGCAUCUGUUCGUGAGCCACAGUGCAUCAACUUUUACCUCCCAGAGGAGGACUUGUUUUGUUUUGUUUUUUAAGGCUCGUUUGUUCUCUGAUGAAACCACCAUCUACAGGGAUCCCCCCCGUCUACUCACUUCACCCUCCCUGAAGUGCCCUGGUCAUGCUCAGGGUGCCAGAAAGCAGAACCCAAACCUCCAGGGCUUGAACUCCGCUGACAUUGUGUGUAACUGGAUCCACUGGACUCUUUUGCAAAGACUGAUUUCCAUGAUAAAAAAACAGAUCCAUGAAAUGAUGGGUAUUAAGGAACAUCUCCACUCUGAAUAAAGCUAAGAAAUUAACAGACUCGCAGCUUAUUCGCUUUAAUUUUCAUACUUAGCUGGCAAAACGAUGGACAGCAAUCCUGAAGAGGACAUUUUUGACACGCUUGACUUCGUACUGUACAUUGGUAAAAAAAAGAAAAGAAGAAAAUGCAUGUUUGCCAACUUUUCUAUCAGCAGAAUGAACAAAUUAUUUUAGGGGUGUUCACAGAUUCAUGCUGAUUCAGCUAUGGAAAAAUAUGGGGGCGUACCGCCCCGAUUUUACAAGGCUACUGUUCAAAAAUCACCAAAAACAAUACAGCUGUUCAUGUAUAUUUCAACAGAAUGUGAAUAAUUCAUUAUCAGUGUUCGACUUUUCAAAUGAAUAUUAAUUUCAUGCAACAAAAUGUAACUUUUUUGUGAUUAACUUGCUUAUGGUGGCUACAAUUUUUGUUUUUAUUUAAUAGCACAUACUGAAGUGACUGGGAAACAACUGCUGCCCCCAAAAAAUACAAAAAUGUUUUGGUUUAUGUUUUGGUUCUGCACAAAUUUAAAGUGUAAAACUUUAAGAUGAUAAAAUGUGCUUAAACGUUGGUGUUUUCCAUUGAGGAAGACAACGUAGAAAAUAACUGUUUUCUCCCUGCACGUCUCUUAAUUCAAAAUUGAUCAAAUUUUGAAGCUGCUGAAGUUCAAACUGAGCAACAGAAUGAUGAAGAACGAUGAAGACAACAGUAACUCAAACCAAGUACGCAGAUGAGCAUAGGCUACAGCAGCAGAAUACCACACUGGAUGUCAGUCCUGUCAG